GUCAGCCAUUUUGGGUACCAGUAACAGACUUUUAUGUACAAUGAACACGAUUUGGCUAGUAUUUAGCACCAAAAAGAUACCCUUUGUAGAAGGUUAUUUAUCUUCAAAACAAGACCAAGGUGGCAAGAAGAAGUACCUGAACAAGCUAGAUAUCAUUAUUGGGCUAGAUCUUUAAUAUUUUCGUGGUUGCAGCUUGCACUAGCACUGCAGGUAAAGCACCUGGUAAAGGUAGGCAAGGUCGCUUCAUUUGUGGGUAAAAUAUUCGUGGGCAGACCUCCAACCACGAAAACCACGAAUAUUUUGCCCCAGCUAUAAGGUAGUACCCUAUGGUAGUACAGUGGAGUCUGCUGAACCACGAAUAUUUUGUCCCCCGAAAAUUACCCACUAUAAGGUAGUACAGUGGAGUCCAAGCGCAUCGGCACGUACAAGUACCCUUCUAAAAUAUAUCCCACAGCAAAGAUAUAAGAAGGGAGAGGGAUGGGAAACGCUACGUAAAUAGCAUUGACGAUCCGCGUUUCGGUCAAUGUUUUCUUCUUUAUUUCCUCCAACCCAUGCUUUUAGCUAGUACUAGGCUAUAAACUAGCUACUGAGCUCCAUGUAUUAGCAAUGGCUAGUGGAACAGUCACAACAAGGUAGCAGCAAUAGUUAGAGACCCUCCAAGCAGUAAAAAGCAGCUUGGACAGCAAAUUCUUGAGAGGAGCUCUGUCUGUACCGUUAAGUAUUCCAGUACAGUCACAGACAUGAUAGAGAAUUAUGGAAAUGUAGCAAAGUUCUGUCAUAAAUUACUGUGCUGAUACGAUGAACCAACUAUCAAUGAAUACAAAGAGACAUUUACCUACAUUCGAUCAUUGAAGUAACUUUCUAAAUGGGUACACAAAAAGUCUGCUUUUAAAAACCAGCUUACUAAGACAAACAUGAACAUUACUUACCAACCUAAAGCCAAGUGGCUUUGAUUUUGCUUGCAUACAAUGCCCAGCUACUUAAGAAAGAGGGAAUCAUUAAUAUUUUGGGCUGUAGUCACAGCCUCUCCUUGUAGAAGGUACACAAAGCCACUAGAUAGAGCCGAAACGAUAAUACAACACUCAAAAAACUGCCUUUGAAAGUUUUCAAGCUCUUGGUGAGAUACGCAACGCUUCUAUAUGAUGCACAGUAGGUGUGGAUGCUCAGCACAGCUGCGAAUAACAUUUCCCGCUGGGUUGGCGGGGUGUCUAGAGCCGAAACGCGGAUCAACCUUUUGGCAUUACACAGAAGUGAUUGUGCGAACGUGCUCCGUUUCCCAUCCCUCUCCCUUCUUAUAUCUCCUAUGCCCACAGAUCACAUUGUCACCUAGUACCCUACAGGCUACGAAGUAACAGAAGUGUUCAAAGAUUGGACGGCGCCCGACUAACAAGACAACUUAAGGAUUCGAUUAGCCACACUGACACUACAACUGGUUGACUCUGCUUAAACGAAUACGAUGUUCCCGUUUAAAGAUGAUCUAUUUGCGACCAUUAACAUCAAUAUGUCGCCCAAAACAGAUGAACUAUCUCCAUCUAGAGGAGGUACUUCCCUAAAACCUACUGCAACCAGUACAAAUGGGUCUGUGAAUAAGCAUUCUUACUGCAAGAAACAGAAACAAUUCAAGUUUCCCAUUUUACUAUUGAAGUUGGUUAGUUAUCUCAAGAAUAUCACAAAGAUUUGUUAUUAUAAUAAGGAUUUGCUCUCUCAAUGUACGAACUAUCAAAAAAUGCAAAACGCUGUAUGCUCUGGUAAUCCACAAUCGUUUCUCUCUGUUUGCUACUCACUUAUGAAUGACAAAACUCUCAUACCGAAUAUUCUAAAUUCUAUAAACUCAUGCGGCGAUGAUCAUCACAUUUUUGAAGCAGACACCUUUUUGUCAGCCCUUUUAAAUUUCUUUCUAGAAGGUGAAAUUCUUAGCCGUUAUAUUCCUUCUCUUGAUCAAAUCUCUGAGCUCGUGAAUACUUCCGUAAAAAAUCCGAUCAUGUCGCUCAUACAAACCGCUGAAACCCGAAGUAUCUUCUACCUGGAAUGUUACCAUCCAUCGUUAGAGAUAAGUGAAUGUGGUUCAGGACAGAAGCGUGAACGCUCUGAGUGCCACAAAAGCAAUCCAAACAACGGCCGUUCUUCAAAGAGACAAUGUCAGUCCCACUCAACCUCAGGCGCUUUGGUUAGCAGUUCUAACAGUAGUGGCUCUGGUGAUGACGAAAGAGACAAUAACAAUGGGAGGGAUCGACAAAGAAUCCCUCGUUCAGCUACACCACCUACACCGCCUAAAGCACGGAAACAGAAAGGGAAACGAACUCGUAAGAGAGGGAGGAAGCAUAGGAAAAAGUCUCGGAAAAAUGCAUCGAAGGUCAAACACCGCAGAUCUUCGAGGGCUUGUGAAAAACGUUCUCGUACACAUGACCUAUCACACGACAUUGUUCUACAAAAAGCAAGGAGAGAAUCUCAUUGUAGAAAUUCUCGAAACCCAAUUCGCUCGAUCAGAGACAUUUUGUUAUGCAACGUUUCAUCCCCUGAACCUAUCGACUCUGAAGAUGGAGGAGACUUUACUGUUGUAACGAAAUGGCCUGAAGGUUCGAACACUGCAGCAAUGAUUCCAUCGGAUAGCUCCUUAGUACCACCUAACUUCACGAUACCUCCUAAACCUACUGCUGUGACUUCAAGAGAAACGCCACAAUUUAUGGAUCCACCUUCUGUUUUGGAAAUAACCCCCAAUGUCAAAACAAGUCUUGAACCUGAUUCUAAGUAUUCGAGAAAUGUCUCUGCCGUAAAUCAUGUGAACAGAACUUCUCCUACUAUUGUUCCUGGUGUCGGUGAGCAAAUUAAACAAACUGUUGACGGUGAUCAGUACAAACAUGAAACAUUAUCUUCCUCAAUGUUUGUUUCGGGUGUGUCGUAUGCAGAUAGAGUGAAGGUUAAGGAUUCUAACGGAGAUACCUCAAGUUCCAACAACCCGGCACAACAAGUGUACACACAAACAGUACCGUCUGCCCACGUUCGUAAAAAAGGGGAAGCAGACGCACCAUUGAGUGUGAGGGGUGCUCUACAAAACUAUACAGGAGAUGAUCAUGCGAUUGGCGAAGGAACUUUGAAUCAGACAGACUGUAUGCCUCCAGAUUCCGCAGCUAGCAAUGUGGCAAUUUUACUUCAACAACAAAAUUCGAAAUGCAUCAUCUCUCAGUUUUUGCCUGCUAGGGUAGAAGAUAGCUCACCUGUGGGUAACAACACUGGCUCUUUGGUACCUCCAUCUUUGUCUGACCGUUCUAGUGAUGCCUCUGAAGUUGCUUCGACUGAUGCUAACAUCAUGACACAUCAGAAUCUCCCCCCUGCACAACAGCCUCCUGACAAUGCUGCUCCAUUGGUCUCCCAGUCUAUGGUAGUACUUCCACUAAGUCACCAACCAUCCGAGAUCGAAGCGUCAGCACUUCAAGUCAUUCCUUUUUCAUUUCCAUAUGAGGAAAGUACGAGUCGAAACAGAAGUAAGUUGCUUACCCGACAACACUCGUUGAGCACAUUGGAGAAUGAUCAGAUUCAGGUUCAUGGAUCUCUCGUCUGGACCCAAUCAAUACAGGAAUCUGAGUGCGGUCCUGUUCAAAAUUUCUGUCUUGUCACUACAACGAGCGAGUGGCAUUUUCGACCCCCACGUGCCCAAGUUGUAGAAGGAAUCGACCAAGAAGAACAUUUUCUUGCGCCAGUUCAGGCACAACCGCAAGUUACAGAAAUUUCCCAACACUUGGGAUCAUCCGACUAUCGCAGCUUCAGUGCACUGGUGGAGAUUCUUCCUUUUCAACCUCAAACAAACCUUACUGGAUACCAGAGGGACUCAGCGUUCGUAUACCUGAGGCAGCCGCAGUACCCACAAUCUUACAUUGAACAUCUCGCCAUUAACUUAACGUGAUUUGUAAAGAUUGUUGCGCGGUCUCUGAUAUGUCAGCGAGCAGUAAUUAACUUACACAGGAAUUAUGUUGUUUUUUCACUAGGAUUACGUAGCACCCCCUCAAGCCUUUUCUAUAGGCAUAAUUAUUUUUUGUAUACCCAUGCACGGAAUUUGUAUACCCACAGAAACUUAAUCAAUUAACGAUAAUAUAGUGGGCACGUUACCUUUAAAAUGUCCAUAGUUGUUUGACAUAAUUUCUAUUCAGUGGUCCUUCAGUUCUGUCAAAUAUCUUUGUAUUGCACCAUUGUUCUCAAUCCGCAAGUUGCUUUUGUACCUUUAUAUAGCUUGCAUCGUCAUACUAAUCAUCUGUUCUAUUUUUAGCGACUAUGUUGUAAUAA